AUGGCCUUCCUGCUGACUUUUGAAAUCGUGACGGCCCUCUUCCUGGCCACCAUCUCCCUGUACCGCUAUGGAAACAUACCGCAACAGCACAUCCUGGUCACUCUGUCGGUGCUCACUGCUUGGUGUUUUUCCUUCCUGAUUGUGUUCAGCAUUCCCUUGGACGUGACAUCGACCCUGUACCGUCAGUGCGUGGAGGAGCAUCGAUCCAUCGCUGCUUCCGGUAAUGAGAGCACCUUCACGUCGUCCGAGUGCCAGGCGCCUUGGGGCAUGGUACCUGCCCACAUCUUCCCCCAUCUGUGGCGCAUUAUCUACUGGAGCUCACAGCUCCUCACCUGGCUGAUCAUGCCCCUGAUGAGGUCCUACCUGAAGGCCGGGGAUUUCACCGUCAAGGGUAAGCUAAAGUCAGCACUGAGGCAGAAUGGCAUCACCUACGGUGCCUUGCUGUCAAUCUGCCUGGUACUUCGCAUCUACAUUGCCGUGCGGGGUGAGAAACUGAACUGGGAGAAACAGAAGGCCAUCGCUGCGUCCGCCUCCAACACCUGGGGUCUGUUCCUGCACAUCCUGCUGCUGGGCUACGCUUUGGUAGAGGUACCAAGAUCUUUGUGGAACAACUGCAGGCCGGGAUUCACACUGCAGUAUGCCUACUUCAGGGCGGCCAAGCUCUAUGGCGAAAAGUCGGAUGCCGAGGAGCUUGUGGACGAGAUUCUGGAAUCGGUGCAGAGCAUUAACCAGGCGAUGCCCCACAGUCACGAGCUGCGACCCUGCCUGGAGGCCAUUCUGCUCAAGGUACCCGUCGAGUUGCUGGUGAAAUCGAGCGGCAGCUUUGCCCGCUCCAACACCAGCUUCACGAUUGAGCCCACGGAGAAGACACUGAUUCGCAUCCAUGCCCAGGUAAUCAAGGCACUGCAGACCCUCCAGCGAGCCGAGGCCCUGUGGAGUUUGCAGGUGCAGAUGGUGCUGCAUUUGGAGGAUGUGGCCAGGAAUAUGCAAUCGUUGGAGAGACGCUUCAAGUCCGAGUUUCCGCGGCAGCGAACGGAGCUGGAGAGGAUGUGGUACAGCCCCACGAUGGAAUGGUACUGGGAAUGCAGGCUAAAGAUGCCGUUCCUCAGGAUUAUGUCCAUUCUCACCGCCACCAUGUCCGUCAUGGUCGUGUGGAGCGAACUGACAUUCUUCUGUCGCCGUCCCGUGCUAUCCAUAUUCGCCAACGCAAUCUAUGUGGCCAAGGAUAGCAACAACUUCUUCACCAUUGAGGUUCUCUCCACGACAGUCCUGUGCUACUUCCUUUACUGCACCUACUCCACCAUCUUGAGGAUUCGAUUCCUCAACCUGUACUAUCUGGCACCGCAUCAUCAGACCAACGAACUGAGCCUAAUCUUCAGUGGCAUGCUCCUCUGCCGCCUGACGCCACCGAUGUGCUUGAACUUCCUGGGCCUCAUCCACAUGGACACGCACAUCAUUCCCGAACGCAUCAAGGAGACCGCCUACACACACAUAAUGGGACACAUGGAUGUCAUUGGCAUCAUUGCGAAUGGCUUCAAUAUAUACUUUCCCAUGUGCAUGCUGAUCAUCUGCCUGGCCACGUGGUUCAGAGUGGGAAGUCGGGUGCUGAACUCCCUCAGUGCCUUGGGCUUCGAACAGUUCCUGGAGAACGAAAGGAUUGCCACGGAGCUGGUGCAGGAGGGAAUGGAUCUGAUGGCCAGGGAAAAGCGACGGCUGCAGCGGGCCGAGCAGGCAAUGGCCAGGAGGCGCAAAUUUAACCGUCAGGAGAUGGUGUAUAUUGGAGAGUAUCGGAAAAGCGGAGGAGGAGAUGCCGCAGGAGGAGAUGCAGGACCUGGAGUUCGCACUUCGGCAGAUGGACUACUUUGCGAUAACGAGCGCAGCUUGGACUAUUCGUCUGUGUCCUCCUCGACGACCGUGGUAAUGCCAAGAUUUCUAUCAACUGAGAUUAGCAACCACCAGUUUGGCGAGAGCGCUCCGGUGCAGGUGGACAACGGACCGAUACAGGAGGUCGAAUGCCGCCUGAGGAGCUCACCACCACGAGGAAUCUUUGACGAUGUCUAAGUUCGAAAGGGAUAUC